AAGGUGGGCGGGGCGCGCCGGGUGGGCGGGGCUCCCGGAAGCGCGCUCGGCGGACGGAGAGCAACAGGCGGCGCCGAGGGCCUGAGCCGGAGCCGGGGCCGGGCUCGGGAUGGACAAGCUGAAGAAGGUGCUGAGCGGCCAGGACACCGAGGACCGCAGCGGCCUGUCCGAGGUUGUCGAAGCAUCAUCGUUAAGCUGGGGUACCAGGAUAAAAGGCUUCAUCGCCUGCUUUGCUAUAGGAAUUCUCUGCUCACUGUUGGGAACUCUUCUGCUAUGGGUGCCCAAGAAGGGAAUCUCCCUGUUCGCAGUGUUUUACACCUUGGGGAACAUUGCAUCAAUUGGGAGCACCAUCUUCCUCAUGGGCCCCGUGAAGCAGCUGAAGCGCAUGUGUGAGCCCACACGACUGAUUGCCACAAGCCUGGUGCUGUUGUGCUUUACCCUUACCUUGUGUUCUGCCUUUUGGUGGCAUAACAAGGGACUUGCGCUCAUCUUCUGCAUUUUGCAGUCUUUGGCCUUGACGUGGUAUAGCCUUUCCUUCAUUCCAUUUGCAAGGGACGCCGUGAAGAAGUGUUUCGCUGUGUGUCUUGCAUAAUACACUACCAGUUUUGUAAAGCUCUGAAGGCACCACAGCUGGAAGCUGGUGGUCAGCUUUGUAAAUACCCUCUCAACCUGUCUUACAGACCUGUGCCUUUUAUCUUACACUAGUGUGUGCAACUUGAGCAUUUGUGGGUCGCCUUUCAAGCAGCAGUAGGUUCCCAAACCCAGUGUCUCUAAGGUACACUAUACAAGAGGUGGGUCCUGCCUUACAGAGCAAGAUCUUCCUCCCACGUCUGUUUUCUCUUGAGAUGCUGUUCCACUGAAUUAUCAGAAAAAAAAAAAAAAAACCCCACAAAAAACCCAAAAACCUUGCUAAACAGCACAGGGAGCUCCAUCAUAGAUUACAGGCGCACAGCAGUAAGGGACAGAAUUUUGGUGUCAACAUGGAUUUUGCAUGAUUGUCCCUCAGCAUGGAGGCCACCAUCACUCUGCCACCCAGCCUCUACCUUGGUGUCCAAGACCAAGAGAUUCUGCCCAACCCAAGCUGGAAGGAGCCUGGCCAAGGCGUGCAGUACAACACAACACCUCUGGGAGGUGUUGUAUGGGAAUCUGGGAGAUUUGUGUGUUUUCCUAAUGCAGACCUAGGGUCUUCUGCAGUUCAGAAACACACCUAACUAUGGAAUGUGUUUUUUGGUGUUGAGCACAGAAACUUUUUCUCUUGCCCUGUGCCGUGCCCACGCAUAUCUUUAUUUGUGAUCUCCUGAUGCUAGAUAGAGAGAAAACAAAGCCGCAGAAAACACUGUUCACUCUUUUGGACAAGAGCUGAAAGGAGGUAAAACUUGCUGCUUUCUCCUGUACAUUUUUCUCUUCAUUAUUUAUAAAUGUUUGCUUUUAAACUGAUGGUAUUUUCCAUUCUGCCCUGGAGUGGGGCCAGGGCAGCGUGGUAGGAAGACAGAUCGCUGCUGUGGGCCAGCGGGAAGUGGCUGCUCCUGCCCAUGACCGCUGAGCAGUCCCAGAAUUUGACCUCUGGCUGUGAGGACACUCACCUGCAGGUGGCCAGUACUGACCUGAUGCCUGGCUGCCUCCACAGUGCUUUUCUUUCUUUUUUCCUCUUUUUCACAGUGCUUUGCUGUCUCUAACCUUAAUGUGGUCGCCACAAGGCUCUUCCUUUUGGAAGAACCAAUCAUGGAAGCCAAGACUUAUAAGGAAGCAAGGGUUGUCACCUUGCUGUGCAGUCAAGGACACUGAAGCCUGAGUUUGUUUCCAUAUCCAUCCAAAGCUGCAGUUGUGACCAAGUUGAGCCCGGAGCCCAGGGACUGCAACUUAGCCUCCUUUGUGACUGUUUUUUGGCACGUUUCUGAUCAUGCCUGAUCAUCUGUAAUCUUACAGAUCCCUUUUCCUUGUUCCUGUCAUCCUAUUUGUGCCUUUUCUGGUUCCCAUCUUAGUGUCACUCAUACCAUCUCCUGUCUGCUGUUGUUUUCACCUCCUUUAUUGGCAGCUGCCUUCUAGGUCUGAGGGCAGUUUGAUUGUUCCUUGUGUUCCUUUUUAGCUGCUCCAUUGAGGUGAUUUGCAGUUGGCAGUAUGCAUAGCUUCUAGAUGUGUGGAACCAAUGGUGGACGUGCUCUUGCUCUGAGCCUUGACUCUGCGAGUUUGGCAUUGGGAAGAUCACUGCUGGCUAAAGGGGUCCGUGCAGCCUCUCCCCCUUCACCAGCCAGAUGAGGAACUAACUCAGUGAUUCCCAUCUGCCUAACCAGCUGAAAGGCUUUCCCUUUUGCACCGUGAGCUCAGGGGGAGCCUUUGGUUCUCCUGUAUGGCUGCUGCUUACACCCAGCUCACGGUAUCUCGUUUCUGGGAAGGUUGAAGCAUGGUUAGUAUUUUCCUGGUGUGAUGCUCUCAGUGCUGGAACAUCUGAUCACACCCUUGUUGGUGACUUGGAGCAAUAUCUGCCUGAUUACCACUUCCCUUUCACCUAAUCACUGUAUGCUAAGAGCACAAGAAAUAAAACCAUGAAGUACAUUCCAAUAAAAUUAUUUUUGAUACUGUCCUUAGAAUAAUUAGUAAGUGGAGUAUACCUUUAAAAAGUAUGGAAAAUUUGGCUUCUGCUUCUGCAACCUAAGUGAUGAAAAAUAGUGAACUGGGAAAUUUAAGUACAGCUCUGUGUCCAGAUUUUGCAUCCUACGAGGCAGUGCACACCAGGCCUGCCUUCUCCUUUGUCAGGUAACUUCUGAUUGGAGGGGCCAGUGUUGCGCCAGCAGAAGGUCCAUGCCACAACAGGAAGCGAGUGGGGCUAAGUGUUUGUGUAGUAGCCUAAAGGGGAACUGUGGUUUACUUUCACUACAGAAUUGUGAAUAUUGUAAAAUUCAUAGCCUAAUUUAAAAUGUAUCUAGCAAGUUAAAAAGUAAUCAAUGUUUAAAGGUAUAUUAAGCUAUUUGGUAGAAUCUUUGGCAUACUUUUUAAUGUUUAAACAUCCCAGGUGUUUUUGGUACAUGUAACACACAGCAGUUUACAGAUAACAUUUUAAAAAAAAUGGAUAGACUUCAGUGGAAAUUAAAUACAGGUUAUAUCUGUGUAACUCCUCAUACAUAUAUAUAUAUAAAGUCUAAAUUGUUUGGAAAUGUUUAUUAAAAUUAAGAGAUGUGUAUCUCCAGACUCACAGUUUCAUGAAGUUCUGGGAUCUUGUGUGUUUUUAGUGUAGUGAAUGAAGAGAGUGGUGGAGUUUAUUUGAUCCCAGGUCACUCAAGACCGGGUAUUUGGUUCCACUUUGGUCAGUUCUAGUUCUACUUCAGGUAUGUAGGUGAUGCUCAACACCUGAUACUCAAGCGUUGCUGUUGGCUCCUCAGGUGUUGGCUGCUGUGAAGUAGAUUGGGAGUAGCAGAACUUUUGUUAUUACAAAUUGACAAGAUCAAGUCACAUCCUUUCCAGCAGGAGUUGCUAAUUGACACUAGACUUAGAAAAGUACCAAAUUAUUUUCUAGCAACUUUUUAUUUUUCUUUUUGGCUCUGGGGAUGGAACCCAAGGCCUUGUGCAUGCUAGGCAAGCACUCACCCACUGAGCCACACCCCCAACCCCUGAACUUGGUUUUCUGGAGACCGACUGAUUUGAAACCAGGGAAAACAAGUCCAAUAGGUGGGAAAAAUUUUGCUAUUUGAAGUGGAAAUUACAGCUUUGCAGCAAGCAAUAAUAAUGUGUAAAUUUACAAUAAAGUAAUGCUGCAAUAUUAAUGAACAGUCACCACAAAACAAAGCAACAAUAAAAGGACCCAGUCUCUGGUCUAAAUGGGCUGACUGCCUGGACACAGCUUCAGGAGGCAUCCCUCCAGAUCAGUGGGAGGUUGGAAUCUGGGCCGGUGUUGUGCCAGCAGAAGGUCCAUGCCACAGCAGGAAAUGAGUGGGGCUAAGUGUUGGUGUAGUAGUCUAAAAGGGGAACUAUGGUUUACCUUCAGUUUUGUGGUCUUCUCUAAAGUGUUCACUUUAUCAUUUUCCCCCUCAUAUUUUACUUGACUUAACAAACUCAAAGAAAGAAAGGAAAGAAAUAAUGCUCUGAACUUUGAUCUCAUUAAGAGCAUAUGGUGAAUUUGUACAAACAUUAUGCCUAUUGAAUAUGAUGAGCUUUUAAAAUACUUUGUUAAAAUGAGUCAGUUUUCAUAAUUGUAUAGAUACAACUAAUUUUGAAUGCUACUUAUUGCAUAAUUCAAUUUUUGUAUCACAGGAUAUAUUCUUGAGUACUACUGGUCCUACCUUGUGAAUGUAUUUCGUAUAAUGUUUUCUUUUUACUUAUUUCACAGAGAAAGAAUAUUGCUGCUAACUAAACCAUUUCUUUUCUCCCUCCUAUCACAAUGAUUAUUUUUUGCUUUUUUCCUCUUCUCCAAUAAAUGGUAGUAUGAUAAUCUUCAGUAAA